UCCGCCAUGAACAGAAUGACCUGAAUGACAACGAAUGGACGCUGGUCCAGAGCCUUGCCCAAAAAGCCAGAGAAGUCUUUGAACGCGAACUAGUGGAAAAGAACAAUGAUAUACGAAGGGUUGGUAUUCGCUUCUUCCGAUGUGUCACUGAUCCCCUUCGGUUUUCAGAGAGACAACCUCAUCAAGCAACACGAAGCUCGAAUCAUGCAAUUAGAAGCAAGUCUAGCCCGUCGCAUUAGGGAAGUUCCACAAGUCGGAAGCUCAAGGGACGAUAAGCAAGAUGAACAUUUCUGGAACGAGCCCCCAUCCGGACUCCGGGACCAACAGGACUCCGGUACGCAUGGGGCAACGAACCAUUUAAUUGUCAAAGAACCUCGACGUGCCGACCGGAUUCCACUCGAAAAGUUAGCGAACGGUGACUCCGAUAAUGGAGAGUCUGAAGACGAGAAGGACCUGGCAACGCGACAAGUGAAGCGGACGAUUUCUCUCGAUGAAGAUGAGUCGACAAGACCAGCAAGGCGACCGGUAAGUACUCUAGCCGUGCCGUGCCGAUUAUCAACACGCAACCUGACCGUGAAAGAAAAAUUCGAAACACCCGGAAAUGGAGAAGACCACAUACAAGGCCCCAGGUCCAUCAAAGAAGACGAACAAGCGACAAAAUCGGUAGUUAGCAGGGAUGGACUAAACUGCUUCUGUUCAUGGUUCAACGAAUUUGUCUGGAUUGGUCCAGUUUGUGCUGAUUGUCUCAGCAUCAUUAUUAUGUACCAGUAGUUUCUCUUUUUCGGACUCAAGGUCGUAGAGACGUGGAAUUGUCCACGACCUUUUCGC